AUGUCCAAUGGAGUUGGAUUUGGACGUGCUGCGGAGCCUUGUGGAAGCCGAUCCGUACAAACUACUCGUGAACUGGCAGUCACUCUUGAGAUGAGUCAGUCCACAGUUCUUCGUGGAUUGAAGUCAAUCGACAAGGUACGGAAGCUUGGUCCAUGGAUGCCUCAUGCUUUGAAGCAGUAUGACAUAGACCGCCGCGACGACGUGGCACUUUCUUUCCUCAAGGGCACCACACGUGGCNGUUGGAUUUGGACGUGCUGCGGAGCCUUGUGGAAGCCGAUCCGUACAAACUACUCGUGA